GUCUACCCGGCAUGGAAUUCCAACUGACUGAUCACAGCCAGCGCCGCCAAGUUCAUGGAGGCCCAGAAUGAGAACCAUCGAGCAUCUUCGCCGGUGAAGCAGCCGACUACCCCCGUCGAAACUGCCGAAGAUGCUCAGAAAGUGACCAAGCGACGCCGCCGCGUGCCCAUCGCCUGCGCCAGCUGCCGCCUGCGCAAGACAAAAUGCGACCACAUCGUGCCCAAGAACCCGCCAGAGUCGUCUCCCUCAGGACUGACGACCGGCGCAUACGACUACAUCCGCUCCCUCGAAUACAAGGUCAAACAAUACGAGACGCAGUUGAUGGAACUACAGAGAGAAACCGCCUAUCGACCCGCCGCAGAGACAGCGAGAAUCUUGCCUGCACCGCACGCUCAAGCUCCGUCGCCGUCGGUGUCAUUGCCCUACCAACCGUCUCCUCGAGUCCAAGGCUCCGCCGUCAUCACCGCCGCGAACCCGUCGCUGUUUCUGGCCGGUCAUGGCGCCAUUAAUUUCACGCAAUUAAUCCUUAAUGCGAUGAAUCCAGGUGCCCCUGAUAGAGUGCAGUCGUCCAACCAACUCUUCCCCUCACCCCGCGAUCCGUCCAGAGAAAUGCCCGAUACCAAACUUUAUGACCUCCCCAUCGAUGCGCGAGAGCUCAUUCAGCGAUACUUUGACUUUCACUAUGUGAUAACCCCGGUGUUCCAUGUGCCUUCGAUUUUCGCUCGAUUCGAACUCGCAUUCGCCUCGGAACGUGCCCGCAGACAUGAACAUACCGCGACAUUGGCCAUCAUCAAUAUGAUAUGUGCGAUAGCAACGGCGCAUAGGCGGACUGGCGUCGAAACGUCGACUGUGCAGACGCGGAGACUCUACGAUCGUGCGAUGGCGCUGCUGGGCCCGUCUUUGUUUUACGAUUGGUCCCUCGAGAAAGUCCAAGUAUUGUUGCUAGGUGCGCGUUACCUGCAAAGCUCCAACUUUCCAGACGAAUGCUGGACUGUUCUCGGCUUGGCUAUAAGAAUCGCCCACGCAUUGGAGCUGCAUCUCCCUCCACCAGACCAUGUCGACUGCAUUACGAAGGAAGUACGGAAACGUUUAUGGUAUGCUUGCUAUACUACCGACCAGCUGUUGUGCACCAUUUACGGUCGCCCAGCAGCUACGGCAUCCAGCACCUUUUCUACUCCACUACCCGAAGAUCUGGAUGACGAAUGCAUUCAACACUCCCGGCUGUUGUACCCGGCCACACCCACUGUCUCAGCGGUAGGCUUUUCGAUCCACAAUGCGAAGCUGUUUAGGAUUAUGGAAACAGCGGCCGCGCUUGUCGACCCGCCACUGGAGAAGAUCGUCGAACUGGACGAGUCCUUCGAAGCUUGGUUCGCCCAGGUUCCAUCUGCGUUCAAGAUUUAUGAACAAGAAAGCAUAGAAGAUAACGAAGGCUUGAUCUUAGCCAUGCGAGCCAACAUGGUCCGCAUCUUAGUUCACCGACACACGUUGGUUACAUCACUCAGUCUCCUUUCUCGGGGUGAACGGGUCACGCGCCCGGCAGAUGGGCUCCGCGCCAACAUGAUGCAGAACAGCAGGCAAAUCUGUGUCCGGACGGCAGAGGAAACUAUCCGAUUAGUGGGCCACCGGCACGACAGGACAAAGAAGGCUGUCGGCCCCAGCUGGUGGAACCUAUACUACUUAUUCAAUGCAAUCUUGAUCAUUGCGUCCCACGUUGUCCAUCCCGAGUAUCGCAACGACAAAGAGGCGCUGGCGCAUUUGGAAGAAGGGAUGCGAAUGAUUGGUCAAAUGAGUGCGAACCACACUACCGCUCAACGAGCUCAUAUUUUCUUGCGUCAGCUUCUGGACCUCGUUGAAAAGGCGUUGCCAGCGCAAGAUCGAAAGCCCGCGAACAGGAACCCGGCUGUGUCCAACGGCCACCCAAUACAGCACCCAUCAGUCUCGGCGGCCGAGGUUAUGGGCAGCCAAGUAGGUUUCGACAACUCUGCGCCCAGGGAGUUUAUGCAGCUAUGGGACAGCACGGAGGACUUGACUAUGGCAUUGGGCUCUCAUCUACAGUUCUAUUCGUCCAUGGGUUCAGGGAUGUGGACAUGGGGAGCACCCGGUGACCGUACGUAGGGUAGCCGCCUAUGAUGGGUAGCACAGUUUCCAUUGCACAGAAUAGUGUAACGGUAUUCUUCUGCUUUGUAGUUUACUAACAAAGAAUUUCAAAUAGUCGAAUAUGCAGACCUUCUGACUUAUGCAGUCUGUGCUAGACGAGUGGCUUGGCGUGUCAAGAACAACCAAGGCAUUUGUUACUUGUGUAACUUGCGCUGUCUUUUCUUUCACCGAAGAGCACGCGUGCACUGAUAACGAUCUGCACUGAAAGUAGCUGCAUCUUGCUUUUGAGUUUUGGCUGUCUGUCAAUGCGGUAACUCUGGUGGAGUGCUGACGCGGCUCUCCGAA